GCCUGACCACGUUCCCGGCAUUCGCUUCCGGCUCCUAAUUCCGGAAGUUGCUUUCUAAAGUAGCUUGUGGGUCAGGGUGGUCUUUGUGAGAUUCCACCAUGGCGUACCGUGGCCAGGGCCAGAAAGUGCAGAAGGUGAUGGUACAACCGAUCAACCUCAUCUUCAGAUACCUGCAAAAUAGAUCCCGGAUUCAGGUGUGGCUCUAUGAGCAAGUGAAUAUGCGGAUAGAGGGCUGUAUUAUUGGUUUUGAUGAGUAUAUGAACCUUGUAUUAGAUGAUGCAGAAGAGAUUCAUUCUAAAACAAAGUCAAGAAAACAACUGGGUCGGAUCAUGUUAAAAGGAGAUAAUAUUACUCUGCUACAAAGUGUUUCCAACUAGAAGUGAUCAAUGAAGUGAAAAUUGUUGAGAAGGCAAUACAAUUUGUUUUUUUAGGUGUCCUUUUAUGGGAGUAUAGUUCUGAAACAUUUGUUCCUAUUGUUUUGAUUACCCUUGUGUUAUUACCAGAUAACAAUAAAUGCUGUGGGAUUGUUUUUAUUAAAAAAUUUACAUUGCUUCUUUCUAUCCAGUGGUAAAGACCUUUUACACAGUGGCACCAUUAGCUUUUGGUAUUUAUUUUAAAGUUUUCUGAGGAGUGGUGGUUGCCCUGGAUAUUUGUUUUUAUCAGAGCAUGGACUUACAGAUUCUUGAGGCAAAGAGUAGAAAUUCUGCCUGACAAGUAAGCUUCUGAUACUGUGUGGUAGAGAAAGGGAGGGUUCAUGAAAAUAAACAAGGGUUAUUGUGCUAACAUAUGUCUUCAUCAGUUCUAAUUCUGGCUGCUGGAACACUAGAGUUUCUAACCAAAAGAGGUUGAGGAUAUUUUAAUAGCUUCAGUAUUUGCUCAGCACUCUCAUUGAGUUACUGUAAGGUCUUUGUGAAUUUUAUUACUAAGAUCAGAAUGUGAGAAGUAUUUGGGAAUAGGCAAAGAAUGAAGUGCCAUUAAAGUACACUAAAAGUGAGCUCUGUUAAGAGUCAACAGGAAGGAGACUUUGUGAAAUUGGUAGUCUGAAAAAGAGCACAAUCACAGCUGGUAAAUUGUUAGGCAGAAUCAUAGUAUGUUAGAGAAAUACACCUGACUCUUAUUCUUAUCUCUAAGGGUUUUGGUUCCUCCCCCAGUGAUUGCUUAUUUCCUAAUUGAAUUCUUAUAUGGAUUAAUCUCCCCUCUCCCAAUAUUGCAGGGUGGUUCUAGUUAGAGUUCUGUUAAAUGGUUAUUGAGUGUUAACUAGGCACAAAGUUUAAUAAAUACAGUGAGGUAGACUGGUAAGCAUAGUUUUAAUGCCAUAUCCUACAUGCUAUUUAAAUUGGAUCUUGAAGGAUGAAUAAGGUCUACCUUAAGUUCUGCUAAAGGAGGAACAAGAAGUUCAGCUCCUGCUUUUCUAGGUGCCUGUGAGGGAGAUGUAGACUUUUCAUUAGACUAAAACCUUUUCUGAGAUAGAGAUUUGUAGGUGAAUGAACAAGUCAGUCUAGCUUAAAAUUUUGUAUUCCAACUAUAGUCCUAUCUGAACUCAUGCCUUUUUGUUUAUACUGUCGUACAGAGCGUAAUGAUGGAUCACAUAAAUAAUGGUGGCUAUACCAUCUAGGUUUGUGUAAGUACACCGUAUGAUGUUUGCACAACAACAAAAUCGCCUAACGACACAUUUCCCAGAAUGUAUCCCCAUCAUUAAGUGACCCCUGACUGUAUUUUCAAAUAAAAGGAUGUUUUAGCUCUUUUAA